CCGUGGCGGGUAUACUACUAGUGCUACUUUUUUCUUUUUUUACCUUUCCUUUUCCAUAUUUCCCCAAAAAUUUGUCUGGCAGAUUUGGGUUGCUUGAAAUGAGGCCCGAUGGCAAAGCGACUCACCGAAGGCGAUGACGCAAUGGGAGCUUGCCACUGAGGCCAACGUAGCGGAAGAAUUGGAAUACCCAACGACGUGUGUGGAUGUGGAUGUGGAUGUGGAUGAGUGUAUGUGUGUGUGUGAAGUGUUUGAUGUGUAAAAAAAGCGCCGAAAACGGAAAUCAAAACAGCGAGGCAGAGAGCCAUUGCAUAAUGGGGAAUAUUAUUGUAGCGGGCCACGUCCUUCGGGACGAGCGUCAGAAAAGAAAAAGCUGCAAGGGAGGCCGUGCCAGACGUGCAAAGGCUGCAAAAUGCCAGAAAUGCUCGAAUAACCGCCCGAGGCGCCGUUUGCCCCAUUUGCCUCCCCCGCGCUCGCAUGAUCAGUCGGUCGAUUCCUCUUUGGGCAGUGCCUCGCCCCAGACUAAUCGAUCCUCUCUUCGUCCAUCCUCUCUAUUCUUUCCUUUGCUUGCUCCUUCAUCCCCGACUUCUCCUCUUUCUCCUCUGCUUUCCUUACUUCUCUCCCUAAACUUUGCUUCUUUCCGCUGUCUGCGCCCUAACUCUCUAUUUGCCACCCCGAUCCCGCUGUCGUCCUCCCCCGUUCCCAUCUUAGUUCGCCCACCCCCCCCCCUCCGGUCCAAUAAAUCACCCCUAUCCUUGAGCUGCCCUUACUGUGCUUGUAUCAGGCUUGUUCUGUUCCGCCUGAUCUUGUUUCACUCCUCGCCCUAUCGGUGGGAAUUUGCAAUCUUAUCGAUUCCGAUGUCAUUCCUUCCUUAAUUAGCCUCCAAUGCCGACUCCGAGUGAUAACACCCCGC